AGAAAGUGAAGGGCGUUUUUGCAUUUAUCCUUCUGUCAUUAAACUUUCGUAAUCAGCGACAGUGAUUAAUCGUCUCUGGUUCUCUGCUCCAGUCGGCUAUGGCUGCUCGAUUCAUUUGUUGACGACACAGAUCGCGAUUCUCUCUCUAUUUCCGGGUGUUUUUCUGGACAUAGCUUCUUAGCCAUACUCCAAAAUUAAUCAGAGAAAAGUAGAUUCUCUUCACUCACUGCUCCGAAGAUGCAAAACCAGGAUGGGAGCGUGGCAGAUACCGAAACAGGAACUAUCAUGCAAGUUUCUGAAGUUAACAACUGUGGAAAGGUCAGGGAUGAGGAUAUUAUGCAGCAAAAAUCUGCCAUACAGGCUGAAGAAGCUGGGAAAAUUCCAUUUGUCGGUGACAAGGAGCCUUUAUCUUCAUUAGCUGCGGAAUACAAAUCGGGAAAUCCAAUUUUGUUGGAGAAAAUCAAGGUUAUUUCUGAAAUAUAUGCUGCAAUCCGACGAACUCGGGGAGAUGGGAAUUGCUUCUUCCGCAGCUUCAUGUUUGCUUACCUUGAGUAUAUUCUGGAGUCACAAGAUCGUACAGAGGUUGAUCGAAUCAAGAACAGUGUCGAGGAAUGCAGAAAGACACUUCUCAGCUUGGGCUAUGUAGAAUUUACUUUCGAAGAUUUUUUUGAGCUAUUCCUUGAGCAACUUGACAGUGUUCUUCCGGGAAAUGAAGAUUCAAUUGACCAUGACAAACUUGUACAAAGAUGUAGAGAUCCUUCAGUGUCCGACUAUGUUGUCAUGUUCUUCAGAUUUAUCACCACCGGUGAAAUAAGAAAGCGUUCGGAGUUUUUUGAACCCUUUAUUCAAGGUUUAACAAAUACCUCUGUCGAGCAGUUUUGCAAGUCAUCGGUGGAACCGAUGGGCGAAGAGAGCGACCACGUCCACAUAACAGCUUUGUCAGACGCAUUGGGCGUCCCGAUCCGAGUAGUGUACCUCGACCGAAGCCACGACGAGAAAGGUAACGUGAGCGCAAACCACCACGACUUCAUCCCCACAUCGGAAAAUGCUAAAAAUAAUAGCGGAGAAAGCACGGCGGCGGCGGCGGUCGGAGUCGAACCGUUUGUGACGUUGCUAUACCGGCCGGGUCACUACGACAUCCUCUACUCCAAGUAAGUUCGAAUUUCUUCCAUUUCUCUAAUGAACUUAGCUGAAUUGAAUUGGUGUUCUUGUUGAAGAAUGGUUUAUUAUGCUUUUAACUUGUUAAAUUUUUUAUAAUAAAAGAUAUAAUUAUGAUCUUCCUCUUCAACAAAU